GACGCGUAGGAAGCUAUUGGCGCUCCAUUGUCAUUCUCUUUUCGAUCGUGUUUGACGUUGACGAGCUCCAGUUGCGGGUAUUCAAUACCUUUUCGUGGGAAAAACGAUUACGAACAAAAUACGGCGUAGUUUUCGAGGCUGAACGCGACGUCGAGGACAUCGUUGUGAGUGUAGUACCGCGAAAGGUUGGUGUAGCCGAGGCCUUUUCGUAUCUAACGCGUGCUGACUUUCUGCACUUACCUGAGCACCAGAGGACAACAGGGUACUGGGACCGCGAGCAUGACGGCCUUGAUCUACACAGCUACCAUUUCAACGAUAUUCAAGCUCUCGUAGAAAGAAGUGAAGGAGUGCCGGCCUCUUCUUCUCGGAGUAGUAUUGCUUCUUCAUCGCGAGAAGCUGUAGCUGUCGUUAGUGCAGUAGAGGCAG